CGCUACUAUCAGCUAUGAUUGGGGAAGGCAUGGAGACUUUGCUUCAAGGGGGCCUGCGGGGAUCCCCUCUCAACUCGCAGGAUGAGGAGGAAGUGUCUGCAUUCUCUACUGUGAUAACCUAUAAACAGCAGUUGGAGGAGAUGUACGCAGCGCUGAGUCAAGUGAAUGGAGAUUUGCCACACGAUGUUCUGCUGGAGGGAGAGGAAACCUACAACGGCUGGGAUGAUGAGCUUUAUGAGCUGAUCUCUUUGCGACAGCGGGAUGCGAUUGACAGAGCGCGGGCGAUCGCCGUUUUCUACGACUGCCUGGAGAUGCUGCAGCAGGUCAAGGACAUGUUUGCUGGCCUUCUGGCGAGGAGACAUGCGGGAGGUUUGCCAGGUAAUUAUGAGACACGGACAGCAUCGGCAACAUCAACAUCUGAUUCAUUGAUAACAUCAUCAAUAUCACCGAUAUUAGCGGCACUGCCAUCGACCGCGGGUACAUCAUUAGUGGUUGGUACAGUUUCAUUGUCAAUAGCAUCUAUCGCAGUGACUGCAUCAUUAACAGCAUCUACAACAACAUUAUCAUCAAAAGUUACAACAGUAUCAGCAAUGGCUACACAGUUAGAGUCUACAACGGCUAUGCUGUUAACUACAACAUCUAUGGAGGAGGCGUCAUCGAAUGAUCCUGGUUGUUUCUGGCAACGUGAGAUGUUUGCGCAGGGUCAUGCUCCACGGGGGUUGGAAGAGGGGCUGCCCCUUUACGUGGAGCUCGCGGAUCUGAAGUUGGGCGGCUGCAAGACCCUUGAGGAGGGACAAGGGUUUGGCGGUUUUUAUAAAAACGGUGACGCAGAUUUCGGGAAUGGCUUCUGGGCCAGCAGCUUCAUCGCUGGAGAUGCAGCCAGGAACGAUGAUGCUCUUCAAGACAAGAAUAACAACAACUGUGAUGCAGGGUGUGUCGAUCUAAUCGGUAGCAACAACCAAAUAGCCGCCGAUAUUCGGGGACCAGUGAGUGUGAUUUGCUUGGCUUUCAUUCUGCCUUCCUUCGGGACUGUUGUGGGGUUUGAUUGGGGUUGGGGGCGAGAGGGGUGGGGGGUCGUUUGGUUUGCGAACUGGAAGGCCAAGCGAGGAGGUGGGAAGUGGGGGGGAGGCGUGAAGGGGUGGGAUAGGGAUGGGCUUCAUGUCUUUUUCCUUGGGUGGGUUUGCGGAUUGCGGCGGCCGGGUAGCUAAUACAAAGCUUUGUCUCUCCGUGUGAGGUUUCGGCUUAAUUGCUGAAGGUGCGAUCGAUUGACGGGUACUUUGGGAGAGAUGAUGGGAUCAACCAUAAUAAUUGUUUGACUUUGUCUGUUUGGUAGUGGUUUCUCGCCCAGGAUUUUGCUGCCGGUGUCUGUUAUCGACACAUAACUUGCGAUUCCCGGAAAUGGGAGGUGCUGCCACGUGGACACUAAUAUUGAAGUGGUUGUGUGAUAUGAAUGUGCCAUGUGGCGGCUCAGGUGGUUCACUGCUGACUUCGGAAGCGGGAUCGCUAUGACUGAAUUUCUAUCUUCCUGCUCUGAAUAUCCCUUCCUCUCGUAGUGUCUUAUGGUCUUCGUAUGACAUAGACGAGGGUUUCAGAAUAGGUAUAAGCUUUUAGAUUGCGAUGGGCGGUUAAUCCCCUCGGAAAGAGGGCAAUCAAUGCUGCUCAUUGCG